UUAAAGUACGAAUUCUUUAUAACAUAAUAGAAAUGCUCUUUAAUAUAAAGAAUGCAUGUUUGUAAGCGAUGAUAUUAAACUCUUAAUCGAGAAAUAUUGUUUAUUUACUAAAUCUAUCAUGAACAUACCAUAAAAAAUUCUCAUUCUUUAAAUAUUAUGUCAAUUUAUGGUGGUUAAACUCUUUAAUAUCGACCCAUUCUUUUGGGGGAGUAUUUCUAUAAUUUUAUUUGUUUUAAUGAACUGGUUGUUUAUCAAGUUUCAGUGUAGCGUCUUAUGUAACGAUUUGUAUAAUUGAAGACAAUCAAAUCCAUAAUCUUGAAUAAUCUUGAAUAAUAUCUGCUACAAAUUUCUGGUGUAUAUAUGCUCGUUCGGUGGUUAAUCAGUGUCUAAAACUGUACUAUAUUGGUAGUUCGACCUAAAAGGUCUCAUACCAAUAGUUAAAUCGGUUGGCAGCUUGAAAUGAUAUGAAAUGGUUAAACGAUAGUUAAACCAUGAUUUCAGCACAAAUAUCCUAUGUUGAUUUUUUAAGUACAACCUAUAUGAUUUACUGUCCUUAUAAUAAAUUUGUUUCAAAUUUGAAAAUUCUUAUUGAAAUAAUGAAAUUUUAAUGUACUAUAGUAGGAACUUGCACACUUUUUUUUUGUAUACUUUUGUUUGGUGAAUAUUAUCCUGAAUAAAUUACCCUUUUAUUUUGUUUAUCUGGUGGGUGGGUAAAUUUGAAAUGUAGGUAAACAAAAAAAACAAACAAAAAACGGGAAAACAAAAACAAAAAAAGGGGAAAACUUUAAUAGUGCCGAAACUUGCGGGCAAUGCUCCGUGGCUUACGUGGCAACCGGCUUUUUCCAAACUGUUUUAAUAUUUUGUAAGAGAUACAACUGUUAGUUGUCAGUUGUCACACUGGCGAGCUAGGCCUUAAUGGAGUCGCCGGAACCCCCAGAAUGUCCGGUGUGCCUCCAGCCCUACGACGGCGACGAUAUCAUUCCCCGUGUGCUACCGUGUGGUCAUACAGUGUGCGAGACAUGUCUCAAUAGCUUACCUGAGAGGUACAACCUCACCGUUCGUUGCCCUGCCUGUACUCAAUUAGUCAAAUUCCCGUCAUCACAGGGUCCCUCUUCCCUCCCCAAGAACAUCGAUCUCCUCCGACUGAUCCCUACCACGAAUUCCCAUCAAGACCGCUCGAAAUUCAAAGCCUCGGAGCUCCAGAAUGAUGUCAAAGUCGACGACUUUUUGCCUCGUUUGUGGUCUCACGAGUUUUAUUCGGAAUGGAGGAAGUGGAUUCUUCCCGACAACGCGGUUUCAGUCGAGGAUAAAGGGGUACUAGAUGGGUUUUUAAAGGACCAUAUCAAGGUAAGGCUUUUCAAGGUUGCCGGUGAUUCAUCGGAUGGCGACGGGAAAGACUGUAUGUUUAAGUUAAGCUAUAUAGCUAAGAUCAUGAAUUGCCUGUUUGAGAUGAAUGAACUGAAGAGACGAGAAUUGGGUUUGAUCUUGAAUAUUGGUUCAGAACGGAGCAGGAUUUGUAGAGUUCGUGGAUUGUGGAGUGAUCUGGAUGAUGGGUUUUUGUAUUGUGUUUGUGAAAGGCUGAAUGAGAGCUCUUGGUCUGAAUUGUGGUGUUUGGAUGAUGGCGUUAGCAUAGAUGGGGUUUCUAGUUUUGUUAUGGUUGGUAUGGAAAUGUGUGAAGCGGUGAUGAGUUUGCAUUUAGCAGGUGUAAUUGCAGGUGGUUUAGGACUUUCUUGCUUUACAUUGGAUGAUUUUGGACAUGUAAGUUUAUGUUCGAAUCAGGUUUUAGCAUUGGGUCAAACUACUUGGAAAGAAGUUUCAGAAUUCGUUCGUGGAGGUAAAAGUGUUGGUAAUAGAGAAUUGGGAACCUUGGUUGCUGAAUGUCUGAGAAGAGGAGAGUAUUUGAGCCCAGAGGCAUUGGGGAGCAUGCUUCUUGAAGGUUAUGUUCCUUCUGUGGCAUAUAAGUCAGAUGUUUGGUCAUUGGCUUUUACUUUUGCUAGACUACUUGUUGGGGAACAGUUCACUAAAGAAAUGCUUGCAUGGGUGGAUGACUUCAUUUCAGAAACAAGUGAGAAGGCCACUUUAGAUUGUGCGGGUCUUUACAUGGGUUUGAUGGAGAAAACAAGUCAUUCACUUGAAAGUAAAUAUGGUGAGAAGCUCCAGCCGUUACAACAACUUUUAUGCAGAUGUUUGAACUCUGACAUAGAGAAUCGCCCAGAUGUGAUUGAGAUGUGGAAGUGCAUUCGGGAGGUAAUUAUUAGAGGUGAGUUUGAUACCAGUCCCAGGUUGAUUAGUAAGGUUAGUGUCGGUGAGGGAGCCACAGGUCAUUGCCUGCUUACUGGAGAAUUGUGUCGGGUGGCCAAGGUAAAAUCUGAGAUGAAUAGAAAUAACAAAAUACUGGAGAUAGGUGAUACAGAGGGGGUCGAAAAUGCUGAUGAAUUUCAGGAGACUGGUAUAGAUUUUGUUGAGGGCUUGGUGGAGGGUAAAGUCAAGUCGAAAAAUUUGCAAGGGCAUUUUGAUUGCAUCACUGGAUUAGCUAUCGGAGGGGGGUUUCUUUUUAGCUCAUCGUUUGACAAAACAGUUUGUGUGUGGUCUUUACAGGACUUCUCUCAUGUUCACACUCUCAAAGGCCACGAGCACAAAGUUAUGGCUGUAAUCUACUCAGAAGAAGGGCAAAAACCAUUAUGCAUAAGUGGUGAUAGUGGAGGUGGCAUAUUUCUCUGGACCAUUCAUGACCCUCUGGACCAGACAUCAUUGAGAAAAUGGUACGAGGAGAAAGACUGGCGAUAUAGCGGCAUUCAUGCUUUAACCACUGCAGGCAAUGGAUAUCUUUACUCUGGAAGUGGAGAUAGGUCAAUCAAGGCAUGGGUGUUGCAGGAUGGUACUCUAUCCUGCACUAUGGAGGGUCAUAAAUCUGUGGUUUCAACAUUGGCAGCACGUAAUGGAGUUCUCUACAGUGGUAGCUGGGAUGGGACUGUAAGAUUGUGGAGUUUAAGUGAUCAUAGUCUUUUGACAGUGUUGGGAGAAAAAGACAUGCCGGGAACCUUGAGCUCUGUCUUGUCUGUCACUGCUGAUCGGAACCUUGUCAUAUCAACUCACGAAAAUGGGCAUCUAAAGGUAUGGAGGAACGAUCAGUUCAUGAAAUCAGCACAAAUUCACAGUGGUGCCAUUUUCUCUAGCAGCAUGGGGGGUGGAUGGCUAUUUACAGGUGGUUGGGACAAGACAGUUAAUGUUCAGGAAGUAUCAGGGGAUGAACUCCAAGUAGACAUCAAAUCCAUCGGAACGAUCCCAAGCACUUCAGUCAUAACUGCUCUGUUGUACUGGCAAGGGAAGCUUUAUGUUGGCUAUGGUGAUCGAACGAUCAAGGUGUUUUGCUAUGCAAACUGAUGAAGUAGUAUCUCUUUUGGAGGGGAAAGCGCUGGAGAAAGGCAGUAUAUAAAUACACUUAAAUACUAACAUAUGGGAAUGUAAAUAGAAAGUUAUCCUUGAGACAGGAUCACAUACAUGUCAUGGCCUCUGAUGAAAGAGGGGAUCAGUAAUAUGUGUUUCUCAAACAGCACGGCCUGGCUAAAUAGAUCGCCAUUAAAGGUCCCCUGAAGUAGGGAAUGCUUAUUAUGGAUGCAUACAUUAUAUCAUGGUUGCUAGAUAUCGCUGAUUGCUUACAAAUGCACAUAAUACAAACUGAGGAACUUCAGGAAAUAGAAUCCAUUCCUAAAACUUUAUGCGAUUCUCAGGUCUGUACCGACAACAAAAAAAGUGCUUGAAAUGGGAUCAGGAGAGGCCAAAAUAUUGGGGGACUUGGAAUAAGAUCUAUGAGAUUAG